AUGCGCGACAUUUUGCCAGUACUUCUUUUGAUCGAAGGACUUUUCAGUCAGGGCGCAUUAGGGGCAUACACACUGGUGGACAAUUUUGCAGGGACAAGUUUCCUGUCUGGUUUUACAUUCUUCAAUGAACCAGAUCCGACCCACGGUUUCGUUAGGUAUCUGUCGCAAAGCGAUGCCACUGCCCAAGGUCUUGUCAAAUCUACGACGUCUCAGUUUUCCAUGACUGUUGAUAGCAAAAACAAGGCACCCGAUGGCCGUGCAAGCGUGCGUUUACAUAGCAAGAAAACCUAUAUGAAAGGCCUCUUUGUUCUGGACGUGGAAGCAAUGCCAACAAGCACUUGCGGUACAUGGCCAAGCUUCUGGACCUGGGGAAGCGAAAAAACGUGGCCAGAAGAGGGAGAAAUUGAUAUCAUCGAGGGUGUCCAUACCAACACUGUUAACGCUAUGAGCUUGCACACAGCGGAUGGAUGCAGCAUAUCGGGAAUUGGCUCGGCAGGCACAGUCAAUACGAAGAAUUGUUUCAUAAAUGCUCCAGGCCAGAUUAGUAAUGCUGGUUGUGGUAUAGGUUCUUCUUCUCCCUUUUCUUUUGGGACUGGGCUAAACGCCAUCGGCGGGGGUGUAUAUGCCAUGGAAUGGACCUCAACAUCAAUCAAAAUAUGGUUUUUUCCUAGAGAUUCCAUUCCGGUUGAUCUCAAGAACAACAUUCCAAACCCGGCGAGUUGGGGCACUCCGCAGGCAAAUUUUGAAGGAGGUGGAUGCAACUACGAGAAAGCAUUUGGGAGACAAAGGUUGGUCAUCAAUACAACAUUCUGUGGAGAUUGGGCCGCUGCUGUAUGGACUAGCAAUCCAACUUGUAAGGCUUUGGCAGCAAGCUGCAACGAUUAUGUCGCAAAUAAUCCAACUGCGUUCAGAAAUAGUACUUGGACUAUCAAUUACCUGAAGACAUUCCAACAGCCCUAUACAAAUAUUUAG